AGAAGGCCAUGGAAGAAAAUUCCUCAUCCUAUAAGACUGUCCUUUCUUUUGGACGUUUCAAAGUUCGAAAAUUACAAAAUGGUCCCUCCUCGGAACAAGUCAACCACACUCCUAAACCAGAUCUUCCUUCUUCCACGCAAGCAGAAGAAAAUGGAUCUCUUUCAGCACCCCCCGAUUAUGAGACUUCAAUUGAUGCUUGUCCUCGUUAUGAGUUUUAUGCCCUCUCAGCACCUCCUGGACGUCGGAAGAUCCGGCCUACUUUAGACAUGCUGAGGAAUGCAGAACCGGGGAAAGGGCAGGCAUAUCCUGGGGGCCCAGAUUGUGCUGACCCCAAUAUAGAAUCUAGUUCGAAGGAUGGGGAAGAAAAGGACGUGGAAGACCCUGAACCGGAAGCCGAGCCUGUCCGAUUUGGCUGGGUGACGGGAGUUAUGAUCCGAUGCAUGUUGAAUAUUUGGGGUGUGAUCCUUUAUCUCCGUUUGCCGUGGAUAACGGCCCAGGCUGGUAUAGGGUUAACCUGGUUGAUCAUUCUCAUGUCCUCUGUGGUGACCAGUAUUACUGGUCUCUCCAUCUCUGCAAUUUCCACCAACGGCAAAGUCAAAGCAGGGGGAACCUACUUCUUGAUCUCUCGCAGUUUGGGCCCAGAACUUGGUGGAUCCAUUGGUCUUCUCUUCUCCUUUGCCAAUGCUGUGGCUGUAGCUAUGCACGUGGUGGGUUUCUCCGAAACAGUGAAGGACCUGCUGGUGGAGUUUGAUGCCGUGAUGACUGAUCCAACGAAUGAUAUCCGCAUCGUGGGCGUGAUUACUGUAACCGUCCUCCUUGGAAUCGCUUUGGCUGGCAUGGAAUGGGAAGCAAAAGCUCAGGUUGUCUUCUUCUUUGUCAUCAUGGUAUCCUUCGUCAACUAUUUCAUCGGAACCUUAAUCCCGGCCUCCUCAGAGAGAAUGGCCAAAGGCUACUUCAGCUAUCGUAAUGACAUCUUCUUGGAGAAUCUCAGGCCUGAAUGGCGAGGUGAAUCAGGCAGUUUUUUCGGCAUGUUCUCCAUCUUCUUCCCUUCAGCCACUGGGAUCCUGGCUGGGGCCAAUAUUUCAGGAGAUUUGAAGGACCCAGCAGUGGCCAUUCCCCAAGGGACACUAAUGGCUAUCUUCCUGACCACCAUUAGCUAUUUGGCCAUUGCUGCCACCAUAGGAGCUUGUGUUGUCCGUGAUGCCUCUGGAAGUCUAAAUGACACUUUGGUUUCCAAUUUCACUGGUGGAGACUGUGUUGGCCUGGGCUGCGGGUAUGGCUGGAACUUCACCGAAUGUAGUGUGACACAGACCUGUGAAUAUGGGCUUGCCAAUGAUUACCAGACAAUGAGCAUGGUGUCAGCAUUCAGUCCUCUAAUCACUGCAGGAAUCUUCGCUGCUACACUCUCCUCUGCUUUGGCUUGCCUUGUGUCAGCCCCCAAGGUCUUCCAGUGCCUCUGUCAAGACAACCUCUACCCUCUGAUCGGCUUUUUCGCCAAGGGUUAUGGAAAGAAUAAGGAGCCACUGAGGGCUUAUGCCCUUACCUUUAUCCUGGCCAUUGCAUUCAUCCUCAUAGCUGAACUGAAUACCAUCGCUCCCAUCAUCUCCAACUUUUUCCUCUGUUCUUACGCCCUGAUCAACUUCAGCUGUUUCCAUGCCACCAUCACCAAUUCUCCAGGCUGGAGGCCUUCCUUCCGCUACUUCAGCAAAUGGACUGCACUUUUUGGAUCCAUUGUCUCUGUGGUCAUCAUGUUCCUGCUGACUUGGUGGGCAGCCCUCAUUGUUGUUGGGGUCAUCAUUGUGAGCUUGGCCUAUGUCACCUACAAGAAACCAGAGGUGAACUGGGGCUCCUCAGUACAAGCUGGGACCUACAACAUGGCUCUCUCGAAUGCCAUGAACCUGACCAAUGUGGAAGACCAUGUCAAGAAUUUCCGGCCUCAGUGUUUGGUCCUGUCGGGCCCACCCAACUUCCGACCAGCUCUGGUGGAUUUUGUUGGCGCCUUCACUAAAAACGUCAGCCUCAUGAUAUGCGGAAAUGUGACUGAGGUUAGUGAUUCCUCCUGCAUUGAGGAUUACGACGAGCAACUUCAGUGGCUCAGCAAGCGGAAAAUCCAAGCGUUCUACAACUUCAUCACCAUCGGAGACUUACGUUCAGGAGCUAGGAGCCUUAUGCAGGUCUCUGGUCUAGGACGUCUAAAACCCAACACCAUAGUUCUUGGUUAUAAAAAUGACUGGCAGACUGACUCUCCCCCAAACCUGGAGAAUUAUGUGGGCAUAAUACAUGACUCCUUUGAUCUCGGCACUGCGGUCUGCCUGCUUCGGAUGAAGGAUGGUCUGGACAUGUCCCGGAUAAUCAAGGCCCAAGUGAACCUCGGUUUUGAAGACACAGAAGCCGCCUUGGGGAAGGAAAAACAGAAACGUGGCGUGUUUAAAGUUGGUGCCGAUGCCAACCUGGAGACCGUGUUCCAGAGCAAACAGAAGAAGAAAAAUAUCGAUAUCUAUUGGUUGUUUGAUGAUGGUGGGCUGACCCUCCUCAUCCCCUAUCUUCUGACUCGCCGGAAACGCUGGAGCCAGUGCAAAGUCCGAGUCUUCAUCAGUGGGCAAAUCUCUAACGCCGAGGAACAUAGAGAAGAGAUCCGGUUUCUGUUGGACAAAUUCCGCUUGGGCUUCAGCGAGGUUGUGGUGCUGCCCGAAAUAAUGUGGAAACCUGAGGAAACCAGUUUAUCCCUAGAAUGCUGGAAGUGUAAGGACUUAUCAGAUACCGAAACCAUAGAAGCAAUGAAGAAGGAAAUGCCAUGGAAAAUCACCGGCGAAGACCUAAGAAUCUACAAGAAAAAGUCUGAACAGCACAUGCGUCUUCACGAGGUACUGCAAGAUCACUCCCGCAAUGCAGCCCUCAUCGUCAUAAGCCUUCCGGUGGUACGUAAAGGAGCCUGUCCCAGCUCCCUCUACAUGGCCUGGCUUGAGACAGUCUCCAAGGACUUAUAUCCACCAAUUGUCUUCAUCCGGGGCAACCAAGAGGAUGCACUCACCUUCUACUGCCAAUAGGGGGCAGCAGGAUCCAAAGGAAGCCUUGAGCAAACAGGCUAUAAGGGGCUGCCUGUUAUGCCAACUCAGUUACAAGGGGGGGAAGAAGUCUGAAAAUCCUCCACAUGGAAAGCAGACGGGCAUUGCCGAUGCGUGUGUCAGCAUCACCAAGAGGCCAGGGCCAUUCACGCACAACGAAGGAGUUUUGCUGAGUUUUAAAAAAAAUCCCUGCUUGUUGUUGAGUUUCAACACAAAGGACCGAUUCUGAAUGUGUUGUGUCUCCAUACUCUGUACAUAGUUAUACUUUUUUGAAUAUUGUUAUUUAAUAACCCUGGUGUGUCGUGUCCCCUACUUUGUUCUUCUUCGCGUUGUACUUCCUCCUCCACUUAUGGGAUUCCUUUUCCAGCAAAGCUCAACAUGUUGCAAACCUUAGUGGGUGCGACUCUUGAGUGACAAAUACACGAAAGCAGAGUUAAGCCUUUUAAGGCAGGGGUGGGCAAUUACAGCUCCUUUAUAACCUAUGGACUUCAACUUCCAGCAUUUCUAAGUCAGCCAUAUCCCCAAAGUGCUUUUUCAAGAGGCAAGUGGACUUUCUGGGGUUUUGUUUGAAGAUGUUUUGCUUCUCAUCCA